CACGUCUGACCGGGCCGAGGUCGAGUGACGUGUGUGUGUGUGUGUGUGUGUGUGUGUGUCGUGUGAGGGAUGCUGAGGAGCCGUGGGAGGUGUUGAACUGUGAUGUGGUGCGUCUGUGACUCAUUGGCAGAGUGUGAAAGUUGCCGAGUCAGUCAAAUUAACUUCUCCGAGACAUUCGGAUCGUUGGACGUUUGCUGAGAGGAUACUAAUCACGGAUCGUGGCACACGUCACCUCGCCGAAGGUGAGCCGGAGCGCUGUCUGGGCUCUGAGGGCGAGGAUGAGGGCAGUGUUUGGGGGAUGGAGGUUCUGGACAGCAGAGAUGCUCAGGAUAAAGUCAGUCUGACGCCCAGCGAGGGCACGGAGCCCGGCAGUCCCGUCCCGUGUGAGGAGAUCUGGGCCGACACCGAAAACACACCGCUGAAAACCCCAGCCGCAGACCCUGAACACUGUCAGACUGACGCUCGAGUGAUGGACGGCGCGCCGCAUUUCGACACCGUGGUGCAGCUGAGGAAAGUAUCUCGCCUGCAACAGCACAACGGAGUCGUGAGCUCGUACCAUUUAGACGACGCUCAGGGCGAGAUGUCGCCCGUCUGCUGGUCACCAGGAGAACACGAGUCACCCGAGGGCAAAGACGGUGUUCAGGCGUCUCUGCGGGAACAUGUGAAGUUCUGUCAGGACAGGGAUGGAGGAGACAGUGUGUGUCCUCUGUGUGGAUACAGUACACCGCACCGCGCUCAGAUGGAGCAUCACUUAACCCUCCACAGCCAGACGCACCAAAAGAGCCCCAUGUCCGAGUCCGGUUCGGAGAACAGGAAGUUCAAGUGUAAUCAGUGUGGAAAGGCUUUUAAAUACAAGCAUCACCUCAAAGAGCACCUGCGCAUUCACAGCGGUGAGAAGCCGUACGAAUGCUCGAGCUGUAAGAAGCGUUUCAGUCACUCGGGCUCCUACAGCUCACACCUCAGCAGUAAGAAGUGCCUCAGCGGCGGCACGCUGGGAAACGGAGCUCAUUAUAACGGGUACCUCUUCCCGUCGCCCUCAUCGCCCCCUGCUGUCAGCGGGAGGAACAGCAGCCGAGGGAAGAGAUCUCCGUAUGGGCCGCUGGCUCAGUUCCCGCUGGAGUCGUCUGUUCCCGUCCUGAGCCAGUCGUGGGACCCGGCGGAGGAUCUGGCGCUCAGGGCGGGCGUGUUUAAGGGCACCACGCUGCUGCCGCUGCUACAGUCACGCAGCAAAUUCGAGCAUCUGCUUCAGGAGAUGCUGCGGAGGGAGGUGGGAGAUGAGAAACAAGCUAACAACUCUCGGGCGAACAAUGACACCCAGACGUCGCCCACCACCAAUCACUCGCCCUAUAGAGAGCUCUCGCCGGCGCAGCGAACAUCCUGGCAUUCUGUGCCACAGCAGAUCCUCGUGCCUUUACCGCCCCCAGCGCAGCUGGAUAACCGCUGGCCGAGCGAAGAAAGCGUCAGCCCGAUGUCACCCGCUUUACCUGAACGCCAGCAUCUGAUUGGCUCGCGCUUCGGCUCUCCUUCAAGGGUGGACCUAUCAAUCAACACAUCACCACGCCUACCAAACCAUAUUCAAAGCGAGCCUUUAGACUUGUCAAUUCCUAAACUGCAUUCGGUCCAUAACGCAUCACGGAAUCCGGCGUGUAAUGGCUACUCGCUGCACCACGACAGACGCGACGGCGAGGGCGUGUUCACGAGACUGACUCCGCCCUCACAGCAGCAUGUGGGCGGAGCUUAUGCAGCGUCGCCGCUGUUCAGCAGCACAUUGUUCAGCAGCUUCCCGGUCUUCAAUCACAUGAUCCCCGCCGGUCUGGGACACAACGGUCUGACGUCACUUCCUCUCACGCCAACCUCGCCAAAUACAGGCUUCCUGUCUCCAGUGGCGUAUAUGGUGGAGGCGGAGUCAGAAUCAAUGCUGAAGAGAAUGCAACAUGAAAAACAUUCAAUCAUGACUGAAGCGCUGAGCCGCGGCGCUCUGGAGUAUCUGUGUCUGAUGGAGGAUGGGAUGGAUGGAGAGAUCAGUCCUGGGAGAAAGAGGCUGAAGAAGACGGAGGAAGGACUUUACGCCUGCGACAUCUGCGACAAAACCUUCCAGAAGAGCAGCUCUCUGCUGCGCCAUAAAUAUGAGCACACAGGGAAGAGACCUCACGAGUGUGUGAUCUGUAAGAAGGCGUUCAAACACAAGCAUCAUCUGAUUGAACACAGCCGCCUGCACUCCGGAGAGAAGCCGUAUCAGUGCGACAAGUGCGGCAAACGCUUCUCACACUCGGGCUCGUACUCGCAGCACAUGAACCACCGCUACGCCUUCUGCAGCCGCGACAGCGACCCGGACGCCGACCCCCAGCCGAGCCCCGUCACAGAGUCACACGACUGCAGCUCGGAGGACGAGAACACGCUCGGCAGAAACACUUAUGAGAGAGACCAGCCGACAGACGGAGAGCAGACGCUCCUUCAGUGCUCACCAAAGAUGUGAAACAAACACAAUCGAUCGAUCAAUGCCAAGCUUCUCCGAAAACCUGACAAAGUCAUACUUCACCACAUCAAAACAACAACACAAAUUAAAUAUCAAAAAGAUUUAGAAGUAUUGUGAUGCACAUGUGUAUGCACCAUGCCUAAAAAGAAUUGCAAUAUAUUACAAUCUGAAAUGGUUUCGAAAGGAGGCCUUUUCUUUUUCUUUAUGCGAAAUAGAAUUACAAAAAAAAUUAAUUCUUCUAAGAAUAUGUCAAAUUUCAACAAAAAAAAUCAUAAAAAUACAUAAAUAUGAAAUUAGAUUUUACAUAAAGAAAAUGUGCCUGUUUUUGGAAAAAUAUUUAAUAUUUUUCAUACUGGCGUUUAGAUUCGUAUUAGCAUAAAGAAAAGAAUUAAUAAACAAAAUAAAAAUCUAAUUAUUGUAAUGCACAUUAUAUUUAUAUUGAAUUUGUUAUGGAGGCUUAAUAAAAAAUACAUAUAUAUAUAUAUAUAUAUAUAUAUAUAUAUAUAUAUAUAUAUAUAUAUAUAUAUAUAUAUAUAUAUAUUCUGCAAAGAAUGUGUUAAAAGUCAUGGUUCACACCAAAGUAAUAAAUAAAUAAAUAAAAUAUUAAAUAUUUUGCAUAAAGAAGAUAUGUCUGUUCUUUAAGAUUUUUUAAUUACUUAUAAGGAAAAAAAUAAUAAAUAAAAAUACAAAUAAAUAAAUUAUAUAUAUAAAUAUAUAUAAUUUUUUUAAAUUAAUUUAUUUUUCUGUUACAAUUGGAGUGAAAUAUGACCCAGAAGUUUUCCUGAAAUUGAGGCAUUUUAAGAGCUCAGGAGCCGUUAUUAACACAAGACAGUAGUGAAAUCUGAAAUAUUCCAGUAUAAUUAUUGAGCAGCAGUAAUCAAGGGCUAAUUAAUGACCGGUUUAUGGUCUCCUCCGUCACAAUGAUCUCAAACUGCACUAGAACUCAUCAUCCAACACAGAUUUGACUUUCUUCUUCAUCAACUCAACAAACACACGCCAAGUAUUUGCACAAACCCUGAUGCACCAAAGACUGUGUUCUUGAUGCAAUGCAAUCCAUUCCUGAAGUGUCCUUUGGAGACGGAGAAAGCUGGAAAAGCGCUUUAAACAUGCAGGAGUUUAAUGAACACAAGCGGUGCUUUAAAUCUGCCUUCAUUCACGCAGUACUCGUCUUUUCUACUUUAACUCUGUAAACAUGGACGACGCACCAAAACCUUCUUGCACACCAGAACAGUGCACUAUUUCCACCAGUGUUAUUUUUAUACACAUUUUUUAAGCUUUGUUAAAAUGUUAAUACAUAAUCCUUGUAAUAAAGUUGUACAUAUUUUGGAAA